GCUGUAUCCAGGUGACAAUGGCCGCGUGAGCGUCCGCCAUGGCCCACCGCAAGCGCCAGAGCAUUGCAAGCACGAUGCUGGACCACAGGGCCAGGCCGGGCCCCAUCCCUCCGAGCCAGGAGCCCGAGAACGAGGACACAGAGCUGCCCCUGGAGGAGGGCUACAUGCCGGGCGAUCUUCAGCUGGCCACCUUGCGACCCGAGAGCCCUACCCUGGAGGAGCAGGAAUGCCACAACCACAGCCCCGAUGGGGACUCUAGCUCCGACUAUGUGAACAACACCUCUGAGGAGGAAGACUACGAUGAGGGACUUCCGGAAGAGGAGGAAGGCAUCACCUACUACAUCCGCUACUGCCCGGAGGAUGACAGUUACCUGGAGGGCAUGGACUGUAAUGGGGACGAGUACCUGGCCCGUGGCCCCGUGGACACUGAUGAGUGCCAGGAGGCAGUGGAGGAGUGGACAGACUCGGCGGGUCCACAUCCUCACAGCCACGGGGCUGAGGGUAGCCAGGACUACCCGGGCGGUCACCUGACCAUCCCUGAGGAUGAGCCCUCCAUCUUGGAGGCCCAAGACCAGGAGGAGGACAGCCACCACUUCUGUCCCAGCAAAGAUGGCUACCAGGACUACUACCCUACCGAAGCCAAUGGGAACGCAGGGGGCGCCUCUCCUUACCGCCUAAGGCGUGGGGACAGGGACCUGGAGGACCAGGAAGAGGACAUCGACCAGAUUGUAGCCGAGAUCAAGAUGAGUUUGAGUAUGACCAGCAUCACCAGCGCCAGCGAGGCCAGCCCUGAGCACGCGCCAGAGCCGGGGCCUGGGGACUCCACAGAGGCCUGUCCGCCUGACGAGGCCUCCCUAGGACCCAGCAGGCAUGAGGCCAGGCCCAAGUCGCUAAACCUCCCUGCUGAGGCCAAGCAUCCUGGAGACCCCCAGAGGGGGUUCAAGACCAAGAGCAGGACUCCAGAGGAGAGGCCAAAAUGGCCCCAAGAGCAGGUUUGCAAUGGUUUAGAACAGCCGAGGAAGCAACAGCGCUCGGAUCUCAAUGGACCCAUCGAGAAUAACAAUAUCCCUGAGACGAAGAAGGUGGCGUCAUUCCCAAGUUUUGUGGCUGUUCCAGGGCCCUGCGAACCGGAAGACCUCAUCGAUGGAAUCAUCUUUGCUGCCAACUACCUGGGGUCCACCCAGCUGCUGUCUGAACGCAACCCAUCCAAAAACAUCAGGAUGAUGCAGGCGCAGGAGGCCGUGAGCAGGGUCAAGAGGAUGCAAAAGGCUGCUAAGAUCAAGAAAAAAGCGAAUUCCGAGGGGGGCACCCAGACACUGACAGAAGUGGACCUCUUCAUCUCCACCCAGAGGAUCAAAGUCUUAAAUGCCGACACACAGGAAACCAUGAUGGACCACGCCUUGCGUACCAUCUCCUACAUCGCCGACAUUGGGAACAUCGUGGUUCUGAUGGCCAGACGCCGCAUGCCCCGCUCAGCCUCCCAAGACUGCAUUGAGACCACGCCUGGGGCGCAGGAGGGGAAGAAGCAGUAUAAGAUGAUCUGCCAUGUGUUCGAGUCAGAGGACGCUCAGCUCAUCGCCCAGUCCAUCGGACAGGCCUUCAGCGUGGCCUACCAGGAGUUCCUGCGGGCCAACGGCAUCAACCCCGAGGACCUGAGCCAGAAGGAGUACAGUGACAUCAUCAACACGCAGGAGAUGUACAAUGAUGACCUCAUCCACUUCUCCAACUCCGAGAACUGCAAGGAGCUGCAGCUGGAGAAGCACAAGGGUGAGAUUCUGGGCGUGGUGGUGGUGGAGUCGGGCUGGGGCUCCAUCCUGCCCACCGUGAUUCUGGCGAACAUGAUGAACGGCGGCCCGGCAGCCCGCUCGGGGAAGCUGAGCAUCGGAGACCAGAUCAUGUCCAUCAACGGCACCAGCCUGGUGGGGCUGCCCCUCGCCACCUGCCAGGGUAUCAUCAAGGGCCUGAAGAACCAGACGCAGGUGAGACUCAACAUUGUCAGCUGUCCCCCAGUCACCACGGUCCUCAUCAAACGGCCGGAUCUCAAGUACCAGCUGGGCUUCAGUGUGCAGAACGGCAUCAUCUGCAGUCUCAUGAGAGGGGGCAUCGCCGAGCGAGGGGGUGUCCGCGUCGGCCACCGGAUCAUCGAGAUCAACGGGCAGAGCGUGGUGGCCACAGCCCACGAGAAGAUAGUCCAGGCUCUCUCUAACUCUGUGGGGGAGAUUCACAUGAAGACCAUGCCUGCCGCCAUGUUCAGGCUCCUCACGGGCCAGGAGACCCCGCUGUACAUCUAGGCCCAUCCCAGCCUCUGCCACAGAGCCCAGGGACACCCGGCCAGGCCAAGCUGGGCGCAGAGGAGCCGGAAGCCAAGGACACAGCCCUGAACCCUGACCCCAUAGCCUGCCCAAGGACACUGGCUCCCCCGAAGGACGUGAACCUUAACUAUCCAGUUCUUUU